ACACAUUUACCAUUGAACAGGAUGUCAGCUCUAUCUUCAUCCAAACGGGCCCAGGUUUCCUCUCUCUGAGUAGGUAGAAACAUGGAAUAUCAAAAAUACUAUUUUAUUUGUGUUUGUUUGAUUCUUAUUUAAGGCUCUUUGAUACGUCGGUAGACCUUUGGUACAUCGGUUCAGAAAUUCAUGAAUGAAAGAAAAAGAUGAAAGGCUAUGUAAUCAAAGUAAGUAAAAUCAUAAAUAAAACAGAAAAAUGGCCUUUAAAAUGAAAAUCUCAUCAAUUCAGUGUAUUGACAGUUAUGUAAAAGUGUGGUCCAUAAUAGACUUUUGGAUGGUUUUAAAUUAGUAAUAUGUUUUCCCUUCUUUUAUCCUAAGACUCAAAACAUUUCAUUGUGAUGACUAUUUUUAUAUUUAAUGUGUAAUCUAAAACAUGAGAAGAAAUGUAAAUGUUGUUUUGAAUUCUCAAAGCCCCGCCCCCAUCUUUAUUUUGCUCUCUGGCGCCCUCUGGCGGCAGGCCCGCUCGCCGUUGCAGCAGCAGCAGCAGGAUCAUGACGGCAGCAGAGCUUGUUCCCCGCUGGCUCUGUGGAGGCUGGAGAUCGUAAAGGUCUGACUGAGAGCUGGAUGGUGUUGUUGUCGACAGAUGACAGCAGAGAGAGGGGGAUCGCGGAAACGGCGCUGACGAGGCGGAGAUGGGGCUCAUGUUUGCCGCCGGGGGUUCCCCGUUUCAGCACAACGACAGCUUUAUUUGCUUUCGGUUCCAUUCACUGCGAGGCUGGAGGCGUUUAAAUUAAAGUCCAGGUUGGAGUUUCCUCCGCUGAGCUGCCGCGCACAGCGCUCCUCCUUCUGGAUGGUUGUGUGUGCGCGCUCGAUAACGCAGCUGUCAUUGGCUUCACGCGCACUCACUGACCGAAAAUAAGCGCAUCAAAGCUUAUCUGAUAUUUGGGGUGUUAUUUCUCUGCGUCCUUCAGUAACUGUGCUUGCUCUCUCUGGGUUGGCAUUCAGACUAAGCAAGGGCUCUGAUCUGCUCUCCCUGACUCUUCCCCCAGUCCUGAUGAUUAUGAGACACUCCAGGAGGCGCUAAUGGAGCUCCAUGAGUUGAGCUGGCUGUGCCUGGUGACCCUCUUCUUAGCCUCUGUGCUGAUCGUGCUGGGAUGGCUGUUCCAGUACUCCCUUUCUGUGUGGAAGCUCUGGAGAUCCAGGCAGAGAGCUGGACUUGGCAGAGGAGAGAAACCCCGGCAUCAGCUCUUCCAGAUCCAUGCUGGGGGAGUGUGGAGCUUCCUGCUCAGGCUGCGCUCUGGCAGGGAUGGAGGACCUGCAGGAGAGGCUGGAGUUAAGGGCUUGCUGUCAUCUCUGUUCUCCUUCAAGUCCUUCAGAGAGCACUGGCAGAGAACCUGGAUCAAGGCUCUAAACGAACAAGCUUGCAGGCAUGGGAGCUCUCUGCAGAUAACCUUUGACAGCAGUCUCCAGUUAAGUGUUGCAGCUGCAAUACAAACCGUGACCUGCACUGACCAGUCUGCAACCCGAAUGGUUUUACACUGUAAUUGUUGGGUAGACACACUGAUGUUUCCUGUGACAGUCACCCAGCAGUCACCAGCCACCGUUUCCAUGGAGACCUAUCAGGUCACUACAGCACCCAUGGUAGCAAAGGUUGUAGUUAGCCUGGAGGAGUUGGAGAACGAAGGUCUGCUAAUGUCUUGGAACCUCUCCAAGCAGCCAUCAUUCUCCCUGAAUGUGCUGCCAUGCAAGCAGCAAACGGCUUCUGGGGGCGAGGCAGACCUGCACAUGAUCAGAGGACUCAUAGAGGAUACUCUGUUCAGCACUCAGCCAGCCAUGGUCCUCAACCUCAAGGCUUCUGCUUCCAGUCUUUCGCCCCCAGUGGACCACCUAUCUGGGGGGUUGAACUCUGCAUCCCAGCGGGUUUCGGUGAGACGACUAAUCCUUCGCCAACUCAGAGUGACCUUAAGCAAAGGGCAGUGUUCCAGAUCAGGAGAGCUGUGCUGCAUCCUGAGUCUGGACCAACCAGCUUCUGAGUGCAGAACCCACUUCCUGCUCAUCCCUGCCAACCCCACAGCUGUGCUGGAAUGGAGUAAAGACAUUUCUCUGGAGCUGGGGCCAGAGACCAAAGAAUUUAGAAUACGACUUCUGGAACGGAGCGGAACAACAGAAAAAUUCAUCCCAGGACACGCCUCCAUCUCCUUAAACCUUCAAUCCAAAACUCCUACUGGUCAGCAAACAAUGUCCAUCAGCCCGGGGCACGGUUUGGCACCAAACGCCAUCAUUACAGCUGAGUUCCUUUAUGUAGAAACUGAAGAGCCUCACAGCUCCCACAGUACUUUGCAAAUUCGCCCCUCAAUCACCCCCACCAAGAAAGUUGACGUGGACCGAACAAUCAUGCCAGAUGGAACGAUUGUCACCACCGUCACCACCAUCCAGUCUCGACCGAAGCUAGACAGCAGCCCAGGUGAUUCUCCUCUAUGUUCUCCAUCCAUGGUGGAAGUGAAUGAUAAAAAAACAAUGGUCAUGUCUGAUGGUAGAAGAAGCAGCAGUCCCAACCCCAGCAAGAGCAGUCGCCUCUCUAACGGCCUGGAUCCUGUUGCAGAAACGGCUAUUCGGCAGCUGACAGAGUCGGCGUGCAAAGUUGCUCGGAGGACACCGACAAAAAAGAGCACGCUGAUCAUCUCCGGCGUGUCAAAGAUUCCCCUCACAGAGGAUAACUGUACACUGUCGAGUGACUAUGCGGCAGCAAUGGACGCAGCCAUGCACGGCAACCACUGCAAGGCGGGGCACCAUCAGGACCUGGAUGAAACCACGCCCUCUGACGUGUCGGAGCGUCCGUCUGUAGAAGACAUGGAAUCCGACACUGGAUCCGCAGGUGGCUUGGAAACCCGGAGCCUCAAAGACCAUAAAGUGAGUUUUCUCCAGAGUGGCACAAAGUUAUGGUUCCGCAAAAGACAUCGAGAGAAGGACUCCAGCCUCAGCCAGUCCCACGAGAACAUAUCCAACAUGAGCAACUUUACCCCUACAACUACAGAGAUCAGCCGCAAGAAGUCUGGAAGCUUCUCACGGCGUCUCAUCAAGCGCUUCUCUUUCCGCUCGUCUGGCAAAUCUAAAGGCACGGUUCCAGCUACCAAUGGAGGAGCAAGCGCAGUGGACAACUAAUCACCCGAUUGUAAAUCAACUUCUGCACUAAUUUAUGACAAGCAAAGCACCCCUGGUGGGUAUUGUGCUUCUUAAAGGGACUGGGAGCUAUGAGAGGAAAAAAAAAUAUUGCACCUUUAAGACAACUUUACAGAAUCUGAAAUUGGAUAAGAAAAUGUGUUCGUCUUUAAGGAAAUCCGCUGCUUGGAGAGAAGAAGGUAAUUACUACACUGAAAUAUUUUGUCUUCUAUUUAAGCAAAAGCUUUGCUGACACUGGCUGAAGAAAAAACUUUUCAUGGAGAUGCUGCCAGUUGCACUUUGGAAGGUUUUUCUUUCUUUACAAUAUCUGUAAAGUUUGUGGUUGUACAAAUAUCAUUUGGGAUUCAUGUGAUACUUAUUUUACACCCCCAAAAGGCGUCAAUCAAGUUGCAUCAUGCUGUAAAAAUAAGACAUUACCAUGUUUUUUUUAAAAAUAAAACUGUAGUUUAAGGACUGAUUUAACUUAACCAAAUUUGUCUUGAUUUAGCUUUAUUGUGCCCUCAUAUCUGCUUGGCAUUAUAUACGUUUAGAGAUGUCACUUCACCGUUAUAUCUGAGUGAUUCAUUUUAUGUAAAAUAUCAGAACUUGAGUUUGUUUUCAAAAAUGUUGUUUUGCCAGCAUUUCUUAUAUGACUAACAAAAAACAGAUUGGCUCUGUGGGUGAUGCUUAAUGCAAAUUAUUAUGUCUAUAAAUGUCAUUACUGGGUGACCUCAUUGUUUCAAAAAAUGUCUAAAUGAAAAAGAGUUAAGAAUGCAGGUUUUUGCAUUUGCAUUUAACAGUUGCAUUACCUUGAGAAACUGUUAUAAGUAAGAGAAAACAUUGAAAGGUAGCCAGAUAGAGAAAUUUUUACAAGAUGGGUGGUCUGUUCUCAGAGCUACAAAUUCAGUUUUGAUAAAAUGGAAAUCUGCUGCACCCUUCCAAUGCUAUUAGAGGUAACAGAAUUCACAUUAUCUGUUUUAUGACUUUUUAUCUGAAUUUUGAUUUUUGCUUUUAUCAGUGACUGCAAUAAGUAGGGGAGAAGGGCACAAACUUGAAAUAAGUGUUAAUAUUCAGGUUUUUUCUUCUCUUUUGACAGAUAUAUAUUCAAAGGUGGAGCUAAGCAUCCACAAAACAAAUUUACAAGAAUGAAACUGCAAUAUUGAAAGUUUGUGUGACCUAUUACUUGUUCAAAAAUUGUAUUUAUUGCAAAUAAAUUAUUUUCUAAACUAUUACUUAA